UUCUUCCUGUUCGCUCAGAACACGAUUCGCUCUAUUCAUCAACAUCGCGGAGCUGUAAAACUUGCUUUGGUAACGGGACGACAUUAUACUCGCGUGUAUAUGCAACCCUCAAUCCGAAUCAUACAGCGAUAUGAUCUUCUCGAAUCUUUAUUUUGACAUUUUUAGGGUUAUAUUUUCUUAAUUUGUUGAUCUCAUUGACAUGACCUCGUGAUCUCAGUUAACAGUAGCCGAUGACAAGAGUUAAGUUUCAGGUGUAAUUCGAAGACUGUAUUCUGAGGAGUUCACGUUUGGAGAGGUUAGUGCAGGAAUGCGAGCUGCAUCUCUGCAGCUACAUCAUUGUUUCGACUGUUCAAGUGAGAGAGAUGAUCAUUGUCUUACUUCCGACAACAAUAUGAUGAAGAUGACGGUUUCUUUUGAAAACAUAACAAGGAUAUCCUCCAUGUUCAAUUCAUAGAUGGGUGUAAAUGAAUUGAUACCAGGGAGGAAGAUCUCAUCAACUCAAAAUGAAAACCGUCUUCAGACUUGACUGAAAGCAAAGUUUGGAUGAAGCAAGAUAUAAGAUUAGACUCAAUGAUGGAAGUGAUGCCAGCGACCUUGCUCGCUACCACCCCAUUCUCACAUCCCCCAGCUCGAAUCGCCCUCUCGGCGGUCGAAAGAACGGUCACCAGUAUCAGAUAUAAGAAGGAGUGGCGAGCGUCGACGUCGAUUAAACGUCGCAGUGCCGUUAAUCAAAAACAUUCGAAUGCAUCGGAGAGACAGUCGCGGAAGCAGAGUCGGAAUGUCAGCCAAUCGCAGAGCGAUCAGUAUCAGCAUUGCAGGCGUUUAUCGUCGCUUGAGCGGAGGGUCGAUUUUCGGCCUCUUGGGAGGGUCAGUGACAAGCAACUGGAGAUGUUGACGAAAACGGCGAAUGAAGUGAUGGAAGAGAUGUGGAAGGAUGCUGGGAUCGUUAACCCACCGAAGCCUUCGACCGCACCAGCUGGGAAUCAGGAGGAUCUACAGCUGCCGAAAAUUACCGAGCCGAAGCCGAGUGAUACGUCAUCGACAAAAUCGUCUCGGUCAUCCCCGUCGGACAGUCGGAAAGAUUCGGGGAACGAAGAGGAGUCGGUCAAACAGCAAGAUGCAGUGGAUGGGAUUCAACGAGUUAGAGGGAAAAGUUGCAGCAGGGUAGAUAUGGUGAAAAACUUGCAGAAACAUAGGAAGUCGUUGUCGGCACCAGUUGCUGAUCGGGCGAAAUCGAACAAACCAGCGACGAAAAGUGAGCGGAGACAGCGAUGCUCGACAUCGAAAGUAGACUCAGUCAGUUGGGGUGAUAGCGAGGGAAUGGUCAGAGGUAAGGCCAGUGUCAAGGUAGCGACAUCGUCGGUGUCGUCAAACGGGAGUGAUGACGAUACGAAAAGAAAGAAAGUAAGAAAUCGGGAUAAGCUGCCACCAGCAAAGGAAAGAAAACCAACGAAGGAAAUUGAAGAAACGGAGCGACCAACUAGGUCAGCGUUUUUCCGAUUACCACGUGUCGAAAAUAAACCAAUCGACGUCGAUGUUGAUUUAAGUACUGCAACCUUGGAAGAUGUCAUCCUCGCACGACUUGAAGAUGAUGACAAUGGCGGUGACAAAGACAGCGACAGCUGCAACUCAAAAGAACAUCGAGUUCAUUGGGAGGGAAACGAAUGCGGUUAUAACUCGGACACGAUCGCUUGCACGACGCGGCCGACGAGUUCCGAAACUGACGAGAGAAAGAUGCCGAUGCGAAGUGAAAUCGCCACGCCCGAACUCUCCGAAGGAGCUUUAAGCAACGAUGAGGGAGACAGGUGCGUCAGCGCUGCCAAAAACAGACGCAAGACGAUGAAACACAGCAGCGCCAUGCUGAAAGACAUGAACGGAAACCUUUCCAAUAAAGACCAUACACAUGGUGACGACAUCGCCGAGUCCGUCAUGAAAAAGUUGCAACCCGCUCACCCCCACGUCAUCUGGCCGGAAAACCGGUUCAUGACGUCGAAUACUGUCUUCGUGUACGGUAGUCCAUCUCAACUCGCUCCUGUGAUCGUACCGUCGCAUAGUCUCGAUUGCCCGCUCUGUAAUUUCUUCAAAAGUUCACCGGGAGGCGGUAUCUGCCCUCCUAACAGCCCCACAUCGUUCAUGAAAAAGGAUUACGGAUUUUAUCCAGUUGAACGGUUUUAUUCAGAGUUCUAACACAUAGUAGUGAUCAUUGACUCUAUUAGAAUUUCUUUUUUUUCCAUUGUUUAAAUUAGUUUAUAUUAUUCAUAUUUUUUUGAAUGAUUUGUCAUUUGAUAUUCUAUUGAUCAAUUAUUUAGCAGAAAAUAUAUCUGAAAAAUAUCUUCUGAUUGAUAUCAAUACUAUUGACAUGUGCGACUAUAAUCUUGAAUUAAAAAAACGAUUCUGCACAUCAACUUGAUGCAUUUUUUUUAAAACCAUUUACUAAAUUCAUGACUAGCAAGUAUAUCAAAAGAGGAAUGCAAUCAAUAUACAAGCAGGCAAAAAAAACAGUUUGUUUACAUUUAGCCUGUGUUUGUUCUGAGCAUGGACCUACUAGUCAGAGUACAGUGACUUUUUGAGAAUAGGAAUACGUGACUUUAGACUUUGGGAUUUUGGGGCCGAUUAUAAAUGUAAUUUAAAAUGUAUUUUAUUUUAGAUUUAUAUUCUAGCAAAAGUUAAUGCUUAGAAUAAAAAAAUAAAACGAAAUUUCAUAAUUUUUAUUUCAUGGCAUGAGGUAUAUAAAAACUAUUAAUUUUCUAAAAUAUAAUGCAAAGUGUGUGAGGAGAUCAAAACAAAAUCGCAAUGAUUAUUCCAUAAGGGGUCAGACCAUGUUUAUAUUUCAGAUUGUGAUUGGAAAUACCCUAAAGAAAAAUAUGUGACGUCACUAACACCACAACUGAUAAUCAAAUUAUCAAGAAAAUUUAAGUAGAACACGAAUUACUCCUUUACCUUCAAAGUUUCACAUCUGAAUUCGACGAAAUUCCCGAAGAUUGAAUGAUAAUUGUAUCCUUAUUUCAAAUUAACUUGUAUUUUGCAUUGAUAUGGCCUUGAAUCUGGGGCGCCCCACCCCUCCCCCUUAUGAUUUGUCAAGUAUAUUGAAAAUAGGACAAUAGGAUAAAGAGUAAGUCAGAACGGAAGGGAAAUUAAGAAGGUAAAUAAUUAUUGAACUGGGAGCCUUGGUCGUAUAACUUGAUUGGAUUAUUCAGUGUUGAAAAAAGUGGCUCGUUUAUUAUAACAUAAUUGCAAUAACAGUUUAAAGCUACUGAAAUGAUUCAAUUUGGCUGUAAACUUUUCAUAGAAAUUGUGCAUUUGUUAUCAUAAAAUAAUCUUUAUGAAAGGGGGCCCGGUCAACUUGUCCUACAAAAUUUCAGCUUUGAAUUGUUAGAAAUUUGAUUUUGCCAUAGAGAAAUUUCACACUUAUGCACUGUAUCAUAAUUGCGGGUGUUUUUUUUACAAUAAAUCAGGGUUAUGAAAAGUAGGGCUAUUUGAAGUCAAAGCGCAUAUUGGUAGAUAAUAGAUAUUGAUACAUAUACUUAUAUUUUUCUUCUGUACACUUCGCAACAAAUAAUUCUUUCUCUUGGAUAUAAAACGGUAACACUCAAAAUUGACCAUGAUGGUCUAUAAUAUAUAUUGUGUUGAUUUUAUCAAGUGCAGUAAUAAAGAAACUAUUUUAUGAAUGUU